CUUCCGCGUUGCUUCCUGUUUUGAAUGAACACCUGAAAAUAGUUGCUAGUAGCUAGCUGCCAAAUUAAUGCUCACGACUGAGUGUGUUUUCUUAGACAUUUUAACCCACUGUAGCUGUAUCGAUAGCAUUAACAUCCCCCUACCCAUGAGCCUCUGCAUGUGUCGAUAUGGACAGUCGAUGUUAUUGUUGUGCAUCCAAGUUUAGCCUCUUCAAGAAGGAGCUGGGCUGUAAGAACUGCGGCCGCUCCUUCUGCUCCAGCUGCUUGACUUUCAGUGCUGUGGUGCCUCGCUGUGGCAACACCCAGCAGAAGGUCUGUAAACAGUGCCAUGGUAAUCUGACCAGUGGGCCAUCUUCAACCAGUGCUGGCAGAUGGUCUCCUCCAGAAAACUAUAAAAAACGGGUCGCUGCACUUGAGGCCAAACAGCAAGGACAGCCAACACAGCCUGUGAGGACCAGCAAAGCAGGACAUCCACCAACCAGCGGCCUGAGCAAAGAAGAUCAGGCAAUUGCUGAAAGGCUUCAAAAGCUCAAGGAGGACACAGCACCUAGGUCUGUCCCCUCUGACAAAGAGCUCGAGUCCCGACUUGCUGCUCUGAAAGCUCCCAGCAAGCCAGUACCUUCUGCACAGGAGAUGGAGGACCGUCUGGCCACUCUGCAGGGUCUCCCUCCACCAUCUCAAGCUCCUCGACCUGUGCAUCAGCCUCCAGAAAACCGGACCCAGACUGAACAAGCCAAUGAUUUGAUAAGUCAGAUGACAGAGGAAGUUGCAAUUGACAACCAACAAUCAAAUCCUGAAUGCAGUGUAGAUGGCCGUAUGAAUGAUCUCAAUAAAGGUGAGGCAGGUACAUUGGAUGAGAAUUUGGAAGAGAACCAGGAUGCAGCCAAGCAGCUGGAGGCUGAGAAAGCCCAUCUGCUCGAGGAAGCUAUGGAGGAGCUGAGGAAAGAAAGUCACUCUCAGGAUCAGAUCCUGCACAUGGCAAAGAGGCUGGCACAGCUGAAGGGGCAGGACCCGGACAAAGUUACUAUGGAGGACUUCCAGCAACCUGACAGUGAAGAGGAGACUGAAGAAGAAGCUGUUAUGAGAGUGUUAAAACAGCUCUCAGAAGAAGCUACACUAGAUGAAGCCAGUGGCUACAACAUACCUUUAGAACAGAGUGGGCCAAGGAAUAGGGAAAAUAAAAAAUCGUCCAAGAAACCGGCUCCGCCUCCGGCACCUAAGAGCAGGAACCUACCUGCUGCCGAUGCACAUCAGCCGUCAGACAGUGACGAAGAAGAGCUUCCGUGGUGCUGCAUCUGUAACCAAGAUGCCAGCCUUCGAUGUCACACCUGUGAUGGAGAUCUGUACUGCAACCGCUGCUUCAGAAAGCAGACACGUCGUGAGCUCAUCUGGGAUGAUGUACACUCCCAGACUGCUGUCAGCUCUGCACCGAAGAAGCACAGAGGAGUCAGUAUAAAAGGAUUACUAAGGGCUUUGUUUUCUUUUGGCAGUCACUGCAGUCGCUCUUGUAAUCUGUGUUCGGCUGUGUGUGUAAUUUCGUUAUAAAUAAAGGAUAAGUGUUAGCAACUAUGUCACGUCGUUGAGAGCAUGCAGCAUACCUUAGUCUUAAUUUAAACAUUAAAGCCUUAUUUUUCUUCCCUUUUAGAUCCAACGUAUUAUUACUUGAUAAAAAUAUCUCAGUCUGUCAGGCCUUGUAAGGAGUGCAGUUCUUAUAUUAUACAUGCCUUUGUCAGAGAAGUUGAGGAGAACCAUAUAAAUUUCUAUAGUGGAGACCUCACCCGAAAGACCCUCUGUGUUUGACAGAAGGCCAGAGUGCAGGCUCAUCAGCGUGCAUUACUGUCUGGCUGAGGAGAAACCAUAAUUACACUCUUCUCUUGGGGUUUGCUCCAUUAAGGUUCAUAUGGAAAGUGUUACUGUGCCUUUUCUGGCCGUGUCAUACACAUACCCCAGACGGGAAAUGGACGAGGAUAAUGGAUGCAUCCUUAAUGGAACAUCUUGUUGCUGAUCUCCGUGUGUUUACACCUCCUCUUGACAUGUCAAAGUUUCCUUUGUUUCCAUCAAUCUGUUGAAAAUGCCUGAAAACACUACUUUAUGUUUUGGGAAUAAAAUGCUGACUGCCGUUCUGUAGGAAAGUUGUCUGUAGACUGUAGGGCAAAAUCAUUAUCUGUGUUUCUGAGCAGUUAUGAGCUCAGGGUAGUUUAACUGGUACUGUAAACCAAUUAGUGUAAUGUACACGCCACUAUUUAUUUGAAUGAGUGGAAAUGAUAAUACCUGAUGAAGCAUAUUGGUGUAUCACUUUGUUAAAAAUCAGAUGUGAGCAUUGUCUUGAAAAUGUUGAAAUGUUUUUAUUUUCUUUUUUUACAUUUUGACAACACUGUUAUCUGAACAAAAAUAUUUAUGUACAUAAAUAAGCAACUAAAAAUGUACAGUCAUACACAAGAAACAGUCCGUCUGAGUAAUAGUCAGUACAGCUUGUAUCACGUGUACGUUAUUGGUAUGGUAUUGGGAAACAAAAUGUUGAAGCAGUCUAUAAAUGAAUUUGAAAUAACAUUAAAAAAAAAUCAAUUCAAA